AUGGAUAAUUAUUUUAUUGAUGUCAUAAAAUUAAAAGCUCUGCUAGAGGUGUGCAUCAAGGUCGAGGCGGAGUUUGUAGAAGAGCGAGAGGAGGGAGAGGGAACAAGCCAGAGCGAGACGACACCAGCUUGCGGGAGCGAGACAGAAGCAAAGGAACAACACCAAGGUGAAGGACUAGCGACGGCACGCGAGACACAAGCCCCGGCCAGUGCAGACACACACAAAAUAGAAAACUCAUACUCGUGCGAUGUCUGUCAAAAGGAAUUUCCACAAUUAGGCGCCUUAACUCAGCAUAAACGAAUACACGCCGAAAAAACUUACCAGUGCAAAACGUGUGAUAUGCGGUUCAGACUGCUAAGUAUAUUACAAGCACAUGAACGCCGUCACAGAGGCGAGAAAGCUUACGAAUGUAAAACAUGCCAAAAGCGCUUCUCGACAACGUACGAUUUGAAGAAACACCAGCUAAUCCAUUCUGGCGAAAAACCUUACGCCUGUGACGUAUGUAAAAAGCAAUUUAGACAACUACAUCCAUUGAAAUUACACAAACAAAAUCACGCGAACAAACCCUAUUUCUGCGAAGUAUGUUAUAAGAACUUCACAGAUCAAGAUGCUUUGAAGGAGCAUGAACGAAUACACACAAAAGAAAAGAGAUUUUCGUGCGAUGUAUGUGAAAAAGCUUUCAAGAAUUCAUCUAAAUUAAAUGAUCACAAAAGAACGCACACCGGCGAGAAGCCUUAUUCAUGUGGCACGUGCGAAAAGAAAUUUGCGAAAUUGCAGGAUUUAAAAACACAUGAGCGUAUCCACACCGGGGAAAGGCCAUAUUCCUGCGAAACAUGUGAAAAGAGCUUCACACAGUGGAAUCAAUUAAAAGUACACAAACGAUCUCACACAGGCGAGAGGCCUUAUCCUUGUGGUACAUGUGAUAAGCGAUUUGCGCAAUUGGGCCAUUUGAACGCUCACGAACGGCGUCACAGGGGUGAAAAACCUCACGCCUGCAAAACUUGUCAAAAGCGCUUUUUGAAAAUGUACGACUUGCAGAAACACGAGCUGAUUCAUACUGGCGAGAAACCUUUUUCAUGUGAUGUAUGUGAAAAGCGAUUUACACAAAAGAGUGCGUUGAAUUUACAUAAAAAACUUCAUACUAGAGAAGCGUAUCGCUGCGGCAAGUGCAUUAGGGUGUUCACAGAAUUGGAUGAUUUAAAAAACCAUGAGCAAGUACAUUCGAAAGACAGAAGGUUUCCUUGCGAUGUAUGUGGAAAGGAGUUCAAGCAACCGUCUUUGUUAAAAAAGCAUGUAAGAACACACACCGGUGAGAAGCCUUAUCCCUGUGGCACGUGUGAAAAAACUUACGCGAAAUUGGCGAGUUUGAAGAGACAUGAGCUUACCCACACCGAUUAAUGUUUGCAAUGUAAAUGUAUUAGGACACAUCUGAAUGCUUUGCCAUUUGAUAAUGAAGUAAUAAUUUAAAUACGUGUAUAGAUUGAAUUUCUGUAUGUAGUUAUAUAAGGUUAUUAGCGGGUCCAUAUUGGGUUUCAUUAUAAUUGAUUGUCCUAAUGUAAUGUUACUCAUAAAACUUAUUUCGCAUAAUUGUUAUUGUGCUGAAAAAUUAUAACACAAACCUAACCUAACCUACCCUUUACUAUACAACCUAUGCAAAAUAUUUUAGAAAAUAAUUGCUGCUUCAGCUGGAGAAAAAAAUAUGCGAAAAGAGUUUUAUGCGUAACAUUACAUUAUGACAAUCAAUUAUUAUGCGACGAGAUAGGAUCCCGUUAUUAAUAAAUCCGUUUAUUUAAGACAACAUAGGUCCAACACAUCGCAUUACAAAUUACAUCGGAUUAAAUUACAAUUUACAUAGGAUUAACAAUAAAAUAAUAAACACUAAAAAUUUUAGCAAAUGUUAUUAGCAGUUUUAAUGUAAUAAAUUUUUGUUCAUUUUAAUAAACUAUAAAGUCGCCAUGGUUCCCCUAUCUUUGGCAUAAUUUUUUUUGUAAUAAUUCUAUUGUGCAUAAUAACUUUAGGCAUAAUAUACUGUUAGCAUAAAGUCACUUGGUACUGGAUUGUUGCGCAUACGUGCUCUACGCAUAAUUUUUAUUGAUCGAAGUGUCUUUUGGCAUAAUUUUAAUGUCCAAAUCGAGACCUGGUAUCUGUUUCAUUUCGCAUAAUUUUAUUUGUAAUAAUUUAUUUUAGCAUAAUUCGCCAUUAAGCAUAAUGUACUACAAGCAUAAAAUCUUAUGGCAUAGAAAUGUUUUGCAUACUUGCGAAAAUCAUAUAUGUUGUAGGCCCAAUAUUUUUUGGCUGAAAUUAAUUCGCCGAAUGUUUCGCAACUCGCAACUAUUAUGUCUCAUAGUUACAUUUCGCUGAAUAACAACAGUUUGUUUUCAUGAGGU